ACAUUGUGUCCCGUUCUUUCUGAAAGACAUCUUUUGAAUGACACCGAACAGUCCAUAACCUUUAGCAGUUAUAAUUUUGAACUUGCAAUAGAAAUUCGUGCGAACAUUCCAUCGGUCCAGCAUGUACUUCGCCCGGACGAUUGCAGCACUGGUGUUGAUGAACCAAUUAUUAUAGAAUUAUAUGGCUGCUGUAGCUUAUUAACUUUUAAGAAGGAUACCGUAGAUGCUGUUACUUAUCCUCUGAAAGAGAAAGAUGGUUUUAAAGGAUAUAUGAAAGACGUUAUUGAUAGAUUAGGGGAUAUCCCACCAAUAUCAUUAUCAAAGCAUUAUUUUAAUCUUGGUCAAGCUGAUGUAGAUAUAGAAAAUAUCAAUCCAAGAAUAUCUCAUUCGAUAUGUCUCACAAAUCAUAAUUAUUCAAAUUUGCUAAUUACUUGGGAGAAGGAUGCUGAUAAAAUUUUUAAUAUAACACCUUCUGAGUUGUUAGUCCAUGCAUAUCAAUCUGCUUUAUUUGAACUUACGUUUAAUCCUGAUAUAAAAUGUAAUCUAUACGGAAGAAAGAUUAUUUGUUCUGUUUUUUUGGAAAAUAAACAGCUCUCUACUUUUCCAUUUGUUACAUCUGCAACAGUGAUAGGUCACUCUUUUCCUGUUAUAUCGAAUGGAUGGAUUCCACAGUAUGAAAUACCUCAAACUGUAAUAAUGCCUCCAUGUGUACCACCAUAUCCAGUUUAUACCACUUUUCUCAUUAAAAGAUUUGGACACUUACCUCUCAUGUUUCAAUUUGUUUCACCAUCAACAACUUAUUUUCUUGUUAAACCAAUGAUUGGUGUAAUUUAUCACGAUUAUCAAAUAAUUAUGGUUGAAAUGACACCUAAGCCCCAGAAUGAACAGAUUUAUAUAGAAAGAUGGACAGUAUAUUUUAAUGGAAAUAUGAAAAAUGAACAUUAUAUAGAUUUUAAAGGAUACGCAGAGUAUGCAAAUAUUGUUUUUAGCAAUAACAAUACAUUAAGUUUUCCAUCAGUCAUGUCAGGUUGCCAACAGUUUUUAGAACUUGCAAUGAGAAAUGUUACUCGUCAUAAAAUGAAAUAUCAAUUUUAUCAGUUGCCACCUGAACUUAAUAUGCAAUCUAUAGAUGGAGAAAUUGAUGCAAAUGAUACUUUAAAUCAAGAAUGUACCUUUUUUCCAAUUAUGCCAGAUAUAGACUAUGAUUUUGAGGUACAAUGCAUUUUAAUUGUCGUAAAAAAUGGAAUAACUGUUGGGUCGAAAUGCUGCGUAAUUUUACGUGUUCGUGGAAGUAGCAAAAUAGGCUCAUUAAAGGCAAUUCCAAACGAAUUACAUUUCGGAGAGCUGGAAUAUAACGAUACGAAAACGUUGCAUUUCGAUCUUAUUAAUUCUAGUUCAGUAAAUAUUUAUUAUAAACUAAUUUGCGUUCAUCGUAAUUGGCCAUUUGAAAAUAUUGAAGAAGAUGUUAAAUUACAUCCAGUGUCGGAAACGAUUUUCUCAGGAUCACGUAAAAGAAUUAUGGUUUCCAUUACUCCGCGUACAGCAAUAUAUUAUGAAAUUGCAAUUCAAUAUUUGAUAAGAAUUAAUUUUCGAUCAGAUAUAUUAAUAGAUAAACAAGAUCCAGUACAUAUUUGUAAUGUGUACUGCAUGUGUAUCUUGCCAACAAUGAAAAUUAAAUGAAGUAUUAGAAAACAUAUUGCCAGGAGAAACAAGAACUAUAAAUAUCGAUCUUUUCCCGAUGCUCAUAAAUAAAGGAACUACAUUAGUAGAAUGGAUAAUGAUCAAUCUCUCAUCAUUCCCUAUUAAAUUGGCUUCAAAAAGAAUCAAAACAUGUUCUUGUAAACCUAUAGUAAAAACAGUUCGUUAUUUACCUCAACAUACAGAAACUGAUUGUGUACAUACGGAUCUUUGUGUAAUGUACAUAGACUCGGAAAUAUUACAACCAAAGAAAAAAACCGUGAUUGGUAUGAAAAUUCAUUACACAUUAGUCGGAAGAACAAUAAUAUGUUGGGAAUUGAAUAUUGGACAUGAUCGUCAUAUUAUGUUAAAUGUAAUAAUUAAUUGUUUAACCGAGUCUCAGUCCCAAAAUAAUUUCUUAAGCACUACACUCGUAAAUUUCGGAAAAAUUUAUCUUGGAAACAAGGCGGCAAUGCAUAGGAUAAAUUGGAUAUUCAAUAUUACAAAUAAUGAUUUGCCAUAUUCUGUAGAUAUUAGUAAUAUCUGCAAAAUGAAUGAAAAUUAUCAUUGUCAGAUUUUUUCGUGUUUAACGCAAUAUGGUACUAUAAAAGGUGGAACAGCUGUACCUCUUCUUUUAAAGUUUGAACCAAGAAUGUUUGGUGUAUAUAAGAUAACAGUUCCAAUAACUAUGGGUGAUAAAACAGAAGAAUUGACACUAGAAGGGGAGUCAACUUCUGAUUUCAGAUUAGUCAGUAUUUCAAAAACAAUACCGUCUCAAUGUGCUUGUAAAACUCCACUAUUUCCUGCUCAAGACAUAUCGGAAAUACUGUACGUCGACAUAUUUCCUCGAAAGGGCAUAUUACAUCCAAAAGCAGUGCAAAGUUUUAAAAUAAAAAUUUCUACUAAAGGACAUCCUUGUCGAAUCGAUAUUUAUGUACCAUGUGUAUUUUUUAAUGCUAGUAAAAGGCGAGAAUAUCAAAGAAGUAUUCUCAAACAUGCUAUUUUAAACCAAGAACUAAAAGAACAAUUCACCAUUACAGAAAAAGAAACUUAUAUAACGAAAUCAUGGAUAGAAAUACUUGACCCACCUGAUCGAUACUAUAAAACAUUAAGUUUACGUUGCAGUAUAUAUCCUGUUGAAGAUGAAUACAUAAAAAUUGACUUAUUAAAAGAAUUAAAAGCUUCUCCAUCAAAUAUAAUUUAUUUUGAUGAUAAUAAAAAUUACACUGUUUUAAGCGAGAAAGAGUUUUGUAUAAGUUAAUUUUUAGGGAUAUUAUCAACAGUGAAAGAUUUAAGAAACUAAUUGAAAACGCAUUAAUUCCUGAAAGAAAUUUGUAUUAUACGCAAUUUAUGAUGAAUUUUUGGGAUCGAAAGAGAUUAAUACGAAGAUCGUACAUAUCUCCGCCAUUAUCUCUUAUUGAUUCAAUACUAGAACAAAUGUUAUUUAUGAUAAUACACGAUGAAUUUUCCCUAAAAACUGCACAUUUAAUUCCCAAUGAAGACAUACGGCAUUAUAAUUAUCUUAAAAUGUUACCCAAACAAAAAAGAACCGAUCUCGAAAAUGAGUUAGACAAAGGUAGUAAUCUUUCAAUUUUUUGUAGAUUAAUUUUUUAUUAAUCUCUGUUAAAAUAAAAUCAUUUAUUUAAAUGAUUCCAUUUUAGAUUAUAAUAAACCUAAGUUUGAUAAUGAUAAUGAUGAUGAU